CUGGAGAAUUUGGAGUACAAGGGACAUCCUGCCUGUCAAAAACCUCUUGCCCCAUUUUUUAACAUAUUCGUACAAAUCCGCUGCGGCCGUCUAUGGAUAUUCCGCCCCUCCCCACCGUGACGGCGGCAGUGUCCACAAUGAUAGCGGCGGCGGGUCAACAGGUACAGCUCCCCCCUCCUCCUCCGCCACCAACAACGCACGUCAACUACGCUGACUCCGUAGACUCCUCCCCUCGGUCCCGCAACACAGACUCCUGGGACGAACCGCCACCGUACGCCGCCGCUUCAGGCGCCGGAAAGCUGCGGCUGAUGUGUAGCUACGGCGGACACAUAGUUCCCCGGCCCCACGACAAGUCCCUCUGUUACGUUGGUGGCGACACGCGGAUCGUUGUCGCCGAUCGGCAAUCCUCGCUUUCCGACUUAUCAAUCCGCCUCUCGAAAACGCUCCUUGGCGGACGCUCCUUCUCCCUCAAGUAUCAGCUCCCCAACGAAGAGCUCGAUUCCUUAAUCUCCGUCACAACAGACGAGGACCUAGAGAACAUGAUCGAUGAGUACGACCGCAUCAACUCCAAUUCUAGUGGUACCAGGACUUCUCGCCUCCGAUUGUUCCUUUUUCCAUCCAAGUCCGACACGAUUUCCUCAAUCGGGUCGCUUAUCGAGAGCUCGACGAAGUCAGAGGACUGGUUUUUCAGCGCGCUCAAUGGUGCGACUUCGACUUCCACAAAGGUCUUGUCUGAGUCUUCAUCAGUGAAUUGCCUCCUGGGACUCGACGAUGAUGUUGCUAAUGGAAAUUCAACUGGAAAAGAUGCGGAGGCUCUGCCGGAUGGUUCGAUUGGCAGCAAAAACGGCGGAGUAAACCAAGCUAAAGCGAAUUUCCCAGACGUUCAAUCUGUUCCGGAUUCUCCUAUGUUAGGAAUGACAUCCUCUUUUGAUUCGACGUCCUCCGCUACUCCUUUGGGGAAUUUGCCUCCUAUUAGGGUCCGAGUUGAGGAUAAUCAAAGGGGCGGAAUCGAGGAGCAUUUUUCACAGAUGACGAUUGGAGCAGCGACCGGAGGGCAUAAACAGCAGGAGGAGAGAGGCUUUGCGGCAUUGACAUCACCUCCUGCACCUCCUCCGGUUGUGGUGGAGUAUCCAAGUCGAGUUUUCUCUGAUGAUGAGAGAUCUGAGCAUGGUCUCACUGCUGUUGGCUACCCAAAGCCACCACAGUCACAACCACUGCAGCAGCUUCCUCCCCAAUCGCAGCCUAAACCUACUGAUUUGCCUUCCCCUGGUUCAGUUUCAAGCGAGGGUAGUGUAGCAAACCCAUUGGCCCGACCAAAGAAUUACAUAUAUCAAGACCCUAUUGUGCAAAUUCAGCCUGGGGUUAGAGCUUCUGCCAGUCCAGUUGAUCCAAUGAUCAAUGAUCCAAACAGUAGGGCUCAGAUUCAACAACAGCAACUUCAGGAUUCUGGAUAUGUGUUUCCAAGCCAUUUUGAUCACCACCCUCAAAUGCAUCAGCACCAACAGUAUGUUCAUGCAGGGCAGUUUGUCCACCAUAUCCCAACUGGAGCAAUGCCCAUGACAUCUUAUUACCCUCUAUACCCUUCUCAACAGCAACACCAUCCUGCUAUGGACCAUCCAUACCCAGUUUACAUUGUCCAGGCUAGGCCGACACAAGCAUACAAUUUCCCAGUCCAACAAACCAGUGACCCUUCUUCUGCCCCUUCUUCUCUUCCCCAAACACCUCCUUCAACCACAGUGGCCCCCACUACUGUAGGUGCUCCGCAAUUGGUUCAGCAUGCCCCUGGCCAGCGUCAGUAUGCCGGUGGAUACUCUCAGGUUCAUCAUAUCCCGUCUCAGUCAAUUGCCGCACCUACUUCAGCUUCUACUGCAAACUAUGCUUAUGCAUAUUCUGAUCCUACACUCCCACCACAGAUAUACUAUACUCAGCCACCUUUUGCACCCCAGUUGUCCGCGGGUCAAUUCCAAACAAUGAAAUCUGCCCCGGUUAUACCUCCGGAAACUUCUUCUCAGCUUCCCACAGAAAACAUCAACCAGCAUACUUGAAUAGAGGUGCGAGAGGUGGUUUGUGGAUUGAAGAAACAGUUUUGCAUCAGUUGGGUUUGGUUUUGGAAUUUAUUGUGUUACAUGUUUGUUUCACUGUUGAUUAUUUGAAUGUGAUGUGUAUUUUGUCGAAGAUAAUAAUAUUAACUUUGGGGUAUUCUUUCUUUUUCUGUAUGUAAUGCUGUUAUUAUUACCGUGGAACUGUGAAAUUAAUAGUUGUCUAAAAUUUAUAUAUGUGAAAUUAGAAAUCCUGAUACUUAUACAGUUCUUUGUUUCAGCUGUGGUAUACUUAUGAUUUAAUGCGUUUUAAUCAAAGGUGUUAUCCAGAUGAUUAAGCUGUCCUGGC